AUGCGUUGCCCGGUCCUGAGUGAACGUCAACCCCCGCGGGUGAUCCUGUCGGUCACGGCUCUAGCUAACAUCGACAUCGGCAGCCUGAUCUGUAACGUAGGAGCUGGUGGUGGUGCUCCAGCUGCAGCUGCUCCUGCUGGUGGUACUGCUCCUGCAGGCGGUGCUGCCCCUGCUGAGGAGAAGAAAGAAGAAGAAAAGAAAGAAGAAUCAGAGGAAUCUGAUGACGACAUGGGCUUUGGUCUUUUUGACUAAUUAGUUUUGUACAUGUCUGUAAUAAAGAAGGCUUAAGCGUA